AUGUCUCGUCUAGAGAAACUUCCUGCCGAACUUCGACACCAAAUCUUUUCUUACUGCGUCGUCUCUCCCACUGGCUACCUCGAACCCAUCGAUUUGAGAGGACUUCGCUGCCCCAAAGAUACUUCCCUUUCCGGAACAUACUCCUUCUACCUCGCAUGCAACACGCCGUUGGACCGAGACUCAAUGUACAAGUGGAGCAUCACAGGACUGGACAACCCACGACUUCGAAACAAGAUCUCAACCUCUCUUCUACGAACCAACAAGCAAAUCCACGCCGAGGCGUCAUCAAUAUUCUGGAACUCAAAUACCAUAUUCUUCUUCGACAUUGAAGAGAUGGUUGAAUUCGAGACGAAAGCAGGUUCUGUCCCUUUCAGAAACAUUGUCACGAUGUGCGUGGGAUUGAACGAACGGGCGGAAUCUCUCGAAUGGCAACAGAUUGAGGGUAUACUCCAGCAACUAUCCAAGUCUAGAUCAACGUCUGACGCUACGUCCAAAUCUUCGUUGAAGAAGCUUGAGUUGGCUAUUUCGAAGAGAAUGAUAAAUUUCAUAUCCAAGUGGUCAUUAAGCGAGAAUAUAAACCACGCAAAUAAGGGAAUGAUUAAAGAUGCCAUAAUCGCCUGGUAUUUGCUUAAAACCUUGGAACGGGGAAAGGAGCUAGGCUCAGGAAUUGAGAGAUGUGUCGUGCUGGGGAAAGAACAAGUUUGCGAACCACUAGAGGCAGUGGAUCUUGACAAGAUGGUGGAGCUAUGGCGACAGGCCUGGGGAAAGAACUAG